AUUCUCCAAUCUUGGAGUAGUAAAGUUUAUAGUCUUAACAAAAAUUUAAAAUAAAAAUGUUUAACUAAGUUUUUAAAGUAAAAGUAACAUCUAAAGCAACAAGCACAAAUAAAUGAUUAUUAAAAAGGAAUAAGGAACUGCUUUAACUCAUUUUUAUCCACAAAAAAGACAAAUAUAAACAUCGAGCACACCUAAGGUUAUUAACACAUGAAGACCAGAUCCAAAUCACUUGAGAGAUCUAAUUCGAUAUCAAAAAAGGGUACUCAUAAAAAAAUGUCAGCACGCAAAUUCUCUGAUUUAUCAUUAGAACUAGAUGAUGAGAAUGAACCAAAAAAGUCCAAACCUGAUUCGGAUGAUGAAACUGAUGACAUGACAAAAAUACUGAAAGAAAUUCGAGCUGGCAUGACUUCAAUGAACAAAAAAAUGGAUAUACUCUCCGAAAAUCUAAGCAAAAGAAUUGAUGAGUUAACGAAUGAUGUUCAUGAAAUAAGAACUACUUUAAAAUCCACAAAGGAACAAGUAACAGCUUGUGAAACUAAACAAUUUGAAAUCAUUAACUCACUUGAUACUCAUGAAACAAGGCUCAACAUCAUUGAUCAAAAAAGUCUGGAAACUCAAUUAAUGAUAUCAAAUCUACCAAAUGCAGUCAACAAGGAAAACUUUAUAAAUGAAUUAUCCAGUUGGUCUGGUAAUAUAUUCGAUCACUCGAAAAUCCACAAAUUAAAUUUCAAUCAACAUAAAGAAUCUCAAACAGCCUUCAUACACUUCCAAAAUAUAAGCGAAAAGAACAAACUGAUGAAUUUUGUGAAACAGAAACAAACUGAUGCGAAUGAUAAAUAUAUACCAAUACUAGGUGAACAAAUCCUUAAACUCCAAGAAGAUGAUCCAGAAAGGAUGAAAAUUAUAUAUUUCCAAACACCGCUAACACCUUUCAAUCGUCAAAUUCUCGAUCAAGCAAAGAAGAUGAAGAAAAAAUGCAAAACAAUUAAGAAAUGUUGGAUGAUGAAAGGAAGCAUACAUAUUAAGCUAAUAAAUCAGGAGAAAGCAAUUCGUCUUGACUCCAUAGAACAACUGGAAAUGCUUAAAUCAUCAAUUCCAAUGGAAACGGAUUAGUACGCCAGUAAGUCCUUAAAAAAAAAAUUAAUCGCAGAUCUGCUACUUCCUAACAUAAAUGCACUUUAACUCAAAAUCCUCAUCAUUCAAAUAAACAAAUUUGUUUCCAAAAAAUAAUAUAUAAAUAUACAAAAUUUAUCUUUAUUCAAAAUCAUUCAUUUUGAAUAAAACACAAUAAUGAAACUCCUUUAGAACUAGCUUAGAACUCAGUAAUCAGAAUUAUGUCCAACACAACACAAAAUGCACUCGAUUUCCAGCUUAAAAAUUAAAUUAAAAAUGAGAAAGAU